AGAGAGAGAGAGAGCGCAGAUCCAAUCUGAUCAUAUGGAGAGUCGGACAGCGAUGCCCGUGGUCGCUCUGCAGGAGUACAGCAUAUCUCUGAGAAAUACGGACGACUGAGAAAAUAACAGCGCUAUUUUCCUGAUAACUUCUUAGGAUACAUUAGCAAACCUAAUCUUUUUAAGCAGCUGAUAUGAAUAAUAUGUGAAUUUUGCACCCGAAUCUGUUCACAAGGGAUCAUCAUUUGCCAUUUAAACGACAUGGGAUGUGAAUAGGUGUUUGAAGUGCACAUGGAUGUUUCUGCUAUGCUGCUUGUUUGUCUUUCCAAGAUAAGCUGAUAAGAAAAACCUGCUGUAAGCAAUCAUGGUAGAACCUGUCGGUUUUGUGGAAGCUUGGAAAGCUCAGUUCCCUGACUCAGACCCUCCUGAGAUGUCUUUAAACUCUGUCGGAGACAUCGAGCUAGAACUGGAGAAAUGCCGAAACUCCAUUAGGCGACUGGAGAUGGAAGUAAACAAGGAGCGAUUUCGAAUGAUCUACCUGCAAACACUUUUGGCCAAGGAGCGAAGAAGCCACGACUCUCAGCGAUGGGGAUUCAAUAGGGUCUCACAAAGUGAGCGAAAGCCAGCAUCUAUGGAUGGCCAUCAUCAAAAACCAGAUGGAAGCAGGUGUCUCCCAGCCAAACUGAAGCAUUCGACAGCAGUAGAGGAGAGUCGUGAGCCUCAGCAAUGUGUUGAGGUGGUGGGAGGUGAUAUUUCAGACUUAGACAAACAGAAAAACAGAGACGGAGAGAUUGAUGGGAUGUCUCCAUACAAAAAGAGGAGUGUUGAAACAUCCCCCAGAGCCAUCACUGGACGUGGACCUGUGUCCCAAGAUGCGGAUGGUAUUUCAGAGUCUCCACCGAAGGUCACCUCUGGGUUGGGAGUUGCAGCACUUCGCUCCAACUUUGAACGUAUAAGAAGAGCCAAUUCUCAGUCAUCUGGCGAAGGAAAAAGUGAAAGGCCUUACUACGUCAACAUGGAGUACCACCAUGAGAAGGGUCUUGUUCGGGUCAACGAUAGAGACGUCUCAGAGAAGAUAAGUAGUUUGGGCAGUCAGGCUAUGCAAAUGGAGCGCAAGAGGUCUUUGCAUUCUGUCCCUGGAAAUUUGUCCACCGCUUUUGGAGACAUGCGAAAGCCAGAGCGAUCUCACGAAAGAGCCAUAGACAGUGGCUGCAACUGUGAUUACGAGGACUCUGAUUUGAACCCUGGGUUCCUCAAGGACAGUUCGGUAAGACUUAAUGGAAGAAGAGCACCUCAGCAGAACUGGCAGCAGUCUGACUGUCAGCCCUACACGACUGUUUACGUUGGAGGCAUAAUGGGAGACGGGGAGGACCUGCACUUGACGUGGCCCAGGCGCUCUUACUCACCUGGGAGUUUCGAGGAUGGAUACACGCCAGAUUGCAGCUCCAAUGAAAACCUGACAUCAAGUGAAGAAGACUUCUCCUCAGGACAGUCCAGCCACGUGUCUCCAAGCCCCACCGCCUACCGAAUGUACAGAGAGAAGAGCCGCUCUCCAUCCCAGCACUCCCAGCAGUCGUUCGAGAGUGGCAGCCCUCCCACACCACAGUCCCAAAAGCGUCUCAAGCAGCAGUUAGCACUCUCUGAAGCCAAUAGCGGUGUCCGCAAGAUCUGGCCCAGUGAGGGAAGCUCUAACAACUUCAGCAACAGUUUCCAUGGAGAUCUGGACAUCCCGUUUAGUGGGACUCCACCUCCAGCUUAUGUUUACGAUGGCGAUCGCGGGGAUGACCAGCGUUUGCAGUCUGACAUUGUGUCCUACUCUGACGACCCUCUGUUCUCUCCUCGCCUUCACCCGAAGGGCCGAAGCAUUAGAGAGACUCCUUCAUCGGGGUCCCCAGAGUCUACUAAAUCAUCGGAACUAGAUGCGGAAAAAGGCCUGGAGAUGAGGAAAUGGGUGUUAUCUGGGAUCCUGGCCAGUGAAGAGGCCUAUCUCAGCCACUUGGAGGCGCUCUUAGUGCCCAUGAAGCCCCUGAAAGCUGCUGCCACCACCUCUCAGCCCAUGCUAACCCUCCAGCAGAUAGAAACCAUUUUCUUCAAUGUGCCUGAGCUCCAUGAGAUACACAAAGACUUUUAUGAUGGUCUGUUACCCAGAGUGCAACAGUGGAGCAACCGCCAAUGUGUGGGCGACCUCUUUCAGAAACUGGCCAGCCAGCUUGGCGUGUACAGAGCUUUUGUGGACAACUAUAAGAUUGCAGUGGAAACGGCUGAAAAGUGUUGCCAAGCCAAUUCUCAGUUUGCUGAGAUUUCAGAGAAUCUGAAAGUCAAGAGCGCCAAAGACCAGAAUGCCAAGCACUCUCUGGAAACGCUGCUGUAUAAACCAGUGGAUCGGGUCACUCGCAGCACACUCGUCCUCCAUGACCUCCUGAAGCACACCCCAUCCAGUCAUCCAGAUUACCCUCUGCUGCAGGACGCCCUCCGCAUUUCCCAGAACUUCCUCUCCAGCAUUAAUGAAGAGAUCACACCCCGCCGUCAGUCCAUGACAGUGAAGAAAGGAGAGAAUCGACAGCUUCUUCGAGACCAGUUUAUGGUGGAGUUAGUAGAAGGUGCACGAAAACUGCGACACGUCUUCCUCUUUACCGACAUUCUGCUCUGCGCUAAAUUGAAGAAACAAACUGGAGGGAAGGGGCAGCAGUAUGACUGUAAGUGGUAUAUCCCGCUAGCGGACGUCACCUUCCAGACCAUCGAUGAGUCUGAGUCCUCGCCUGUUCCACAGAUACCAGAAGAGGAGAUUGAUGCUUUGAAGGUCAAGAUCUCUCAGAUCAAAAACGAGAUCCAGCGGGAAAAGAGAGUGUGUAAAGGAGGAAAAGUGCUGGAUCGCCUCAGGAAGAAACUGUGCGAACAGGAAUCGCUGCUUCUCCUUAUGUCUCCCUGCAUGGCCUUCAGAGUCAGUAACAGGAACGGCAAGGGUUAUACAUUCCUGAUUUCAUCUGACUAUGAACGAGAAGAAUGGAGAGAAGUCAUUCGGGAGCAGCAGAAAAAAUGUUUCAAGAGUUUUUCUUUGACUUCUCUGGAGUUGCAGAUGCUUACAAACUCUUGCGUGAAGCUACAGACAGUUCACAGCAUUCCUCUGACAGUCAAUAAAGAUGGUGCGUGUUUAAUUUUUUUGUUUUGCUUUGCUUUGUUUUGCCCUCUGACAGUUAAUAAAGAUGACGAUGAAUCCACGGGGCUUUGCGGCUUUCUGAAUGUGAUUGUUCAUUCUGCAACAGGACUGAAACAGAGCUUGAAUCUGUACUGUACAUUGGAGGUGGACUCGUUCGGCUACUUUGUGAACAAGGCAAAGACUCGUGUUUACAGAGACACUACAGAGCCAAACUGGAACGAGGAGUUUGAGAUCGAGCUGGAGGGCUCACAGACCCUCAGACUGCUGUGUUAUAGUAAAAUCAAACAGUGCAGGGAUGAUGGCGAAAACAUUGAUCGCGUCAUGGCCAAGGGGCAGAUUCAGCUGGAUCCGCAGUCGCUGCAGGGUAAAGACUGGCAGAGGACAGUAAUCAGCAUGAAUGGGAUUGAGGUCAAGCUGUCUAUGCGAUUUACCAGCAGAGAGUUCAGUCUGAAGCGGAUGCCCUCCAGAAAACAGUCUGGAGUGUUUGGAGUCAAAAUCGGGGCCGUCACUAAACGCGAACACUCCAAAGUGCCUCUGAUUGUGAGACAGUGUGUGGAGGAGAUCGAGCGCAGAGGGAUGGAGGAAGUGGGCAUCUAUCGGGUCUCUGGUGUGGCCACAGACAUCCAGGCCCUGAAAGCUGCAUUUGAUGCCAACAACAAAGAUGUUUCAGUUAUUAUGAGUGAGAUGGACGUGAAUGCCAUUGCUGGAACACUGAAGCUUUAUUUCAGAGAGCUUCCCGAGCCCCUCUUCACUGAUGAACUCUACAUUAACUUCACUGAAGGCAUCGCUUUGUCAGACAGCGUGGCAAAGGAAAGCUGCAUGCUCAACUUGUUGCUCUCCCUUCCUGAACCCAACCUGCUGACCUUCCUGUUUCUGCUGGACCAUCUGAAGAGGGUGGCUGAGAACGAGAUUGUCAACAAGAUGUCCUUCCACAAUCUGGCUACAGUGUUCGGCCCGACCCUUCUCCGCCCCUCUGAGAAGGACAGUAAAAUACCAAGCAAUCCCACGCAGCCCAUCUCUAUGAGUGACAGCUGGUCUCUUGAGGUUAUGUCUCAGGUCCAGGUAUUACUGUACUUCCUUCAGCUGGAGGCCAUCCCAACUCCGGAUAGUAAACGUCAGAGUAUGCUGUUCUCCACAGAAGUAUAAAGAGGUGCGUUACGACAUCAAAUGCACUGGGACUGAAGCGAUUCAGCAUGAGACCAAUAGAGGGCACCAACAACCUACUGAUAUAUUCCAAACAGAGCCGAUUCCCCAACCGCAUCAGUAGCUUACUGGAGAAAUUUACAAGUGAAGAAUGACAAGCCAAUCUGAUAUCUUCUCACUGUUACAAGCACUUAGAGUUGCAUUCUACAUGGAGGUGGUGUUGUUUAUUUUUGUUUUCAUCUGGUGUAACAUGAACGGUCUCACGUAGGCCAGUGAAUGAUGAAUGUUAUUCUUGCGUUCCUCUCAACUCUGUGGGUUUUUUACAGAAUUACACAUUCCAGUUUUCCAUGGCUGUUUUUAUUUGAUCUGACAUUUUGCUCACCUAUGAUUUAUGUCUUCCCGUAGCGAGAGUUACGGAACAUCUGAAUACGUAAAUAUUGAGGAGGAACCGGGAGGAACACUUUUAUGUGGCCCUUUACUGAUGGAUAAACCACAACAGGGAAAAUUGAAAACGUCAGAUUCUGUAACUAACUUAAGACUACAUAUUAGUAGUCUCGAUGCAACGAAAAUAAAUCAAGCAGAGUACUGCUACCAUUCUGAAGAAUAUACAUUUAUUUGGAUCUAAAUAUGGAAACAAUUUUCUGUUUUAUGGAACUUGAAAGAAAUAGUUUAUCAAAAAAUAAAAAAUGUUACCAAUUUAUUUAAGAGAAUGUUUUUCUUCGGUAAAAUAUACUGAGAUAGUCUAAAUCUCAGAAAAGGGAUAGUUGAAUGAAAAUGUACUCACUAUUUACUCUUCAUCAAGUGGUUUUAUAAGAGGUGAAUUUCUUUAUUCUGUAAACACAAAAUAAGACAACUGAAGAAAGCAGGAAACCUGUCCGGAAACCAUUGACUUUAAUAGGAAAAACAAACACUGUGGACAUUAAUGUUUACAGGUUUCAAGCUUUCUUCAAAAACCUAUGUUUAAAAAAAACUGUUAACUGAAACUGUCAUCUUUGGUGAUUGAUAAAAAUGCAAGUCAAUUUCUACGGGCACUUUGAGAGUAAAAAAGAAACAAAUAAUACAGGCAAAAUAAAUUACUUGACUCAUGAUGCAAAAGGUUUUCGGUGCAAGAAAAUGAACAUUAUUUAUAAUGUAUUGCCAGAAGUAGCCACUGACCUUUGUUGUAGGAAUCAAAAAAAUUAAAUAAAAUUCUACUGAAUGUUCUACUUACAUGUUUGUGAGUAAAUUAACAGCAAAUUUUCAUUUUUGAGUGAUUUAUUUCUUGAGAUUUCUGAGCCCUUAUUCAGCAAUAUCGCAUACUUUGUUUUUAACUGGAAACGUCACAUAGCUUAAAUAAACCAGUUUUAAGGCACCAUAGGUUAUGUGUACAAGCUUAACCUCAACUGACAGGUUUAAUAUAUUAAAAUUGAUAUAAAAUUUCUCCAUUAGAAUAAUAGUACUACCAUGUAGGCACUCAAUACACGUCAAAAUAUUGAGUAAUUAAUCAGAUUCUGUAAAUCUUUCGUAUUUAAUGCCAUUUAUUUUUGCUGUUCUCAAAACUUGCAAGCACUUUGCGAUCCUGAACAGUGCCAAUGCUUUUGCCCUGUUUAUUGUGUAUGUAAAUUGUUGCUAAUAUGCAAAUGUAUCUAUUAUGUUGUUCAUAACUAAUGAAAAGGUUGUGUGUUAGGGCGUAAUGUAACAUGCAGGCAUGUUGAUCUGUUUAAGACUUAUUUUUUCUCAUAGAGAUUUCCAUUGUUGUGUGAUACAUUGCUCACGUACAGUAUUUCCUUUAGACUAAGGAAAAAACCCAGACAUUCCUGUAAUUGUGUUGACGAUCAUUGCCUUUUUUUUUUUUUCCUCUGUUGUUUUUCUAUUGUAUUUUCUGGAAUCUGCGCUUGCUUAAUCAAGCUCCUACUGGAGUUACACAUGUAACUAUUCCUCAGUUUUCUCUCUUUCAUUGGCUGUACUGAUGAAGAUAUUCCUGGCUGCCGUUUCACAGAUGAGCAAAUGUUCUGUAUAUGGAGAAGUGUUGCACAGUGUGGAUUAAGGAGAUGGAUCGUAAUAAACUCCCUCAUCCUCUUGUUUCCACAGAGCCGUUGACUGUUCUGUGUGUUUAUCUGACCGAUGGCCAAGUGCAUUAAACCUUCCUCGAUAAGAGAUAGCAUUACUCCCCUGAAGACUUUAGGACAGUGUGGUUUGCAUUCAGCAUUCCUUCUUCUCCCGGAGCACUGACGCUGAAACAAUAGUCUUGGGUUUAUUAUUUUAAUGGACAAUACUGAAAGUGCACAAUGCUGUGCUUGUAUGGAAGGCCUGAUGUGUGUUCAUAAUGUGAUUCUGUAUAAAGUAGAUGAAUAAUAAACUUGAGAUUGGUUCAAAUGAAAA